GGCUGGGGAUGCUGCUCAGUGCAAAGGCCCUAGGUUCAAUCCUCAGUACUGGACAAAGGAGAGAGAGGGAAAUCCAUUCUCCGUGUCCCACAAGCACCUUGGGGAACCUGGCCCUCCGCACCUUCUCCACCCUGCGUCGUUCCACUGCGUGAAGCUCAGGCUCUGGUGGUCGCCCCAAAGCCAGCCCUUCCUGCUGGCUGGGACCUUGGGCCUCAGCUUCCCCUAAAGGUCUGGGGACGGAGCAGAGGCGGAUGGAGCAGGCAGGUCCGAUAUGGCCUGUGUAACCCCUCCCCUCCUAGGGCCGCCCCGCUCCCAGCCUGGCACCUGCCCUUCCGCAACGCCAAUUAAGAGUGCUCGACAUAAUCGCUGCGGUUGACUGGGGCUGCCGGCCUCCCGAGAGCCUUUGUCCCUUAAUUGGCCACCUCCAGGCGUAUAUCCCAGCUCCAGCUAUGUGCUAAUUGGCACCUGGCGCGUGGAGCCCCUCCGCCUCCUACAGCAGCCUCACCUGGCAGCCCAGGCCCCUCCGCGGUGCCCGCCCCAGGCUUUCGGGUGCAUCCCGGCAGUGUCGGGAAGACACCGGAGCGCCCCAGCCAUGCACCCUGGCGCCCCCGCCGGCCCAGGGGCCUCAGAGCCUGACCCGCUCGAGCUGUGCGCCUUCGUGAGCGGGGCGGCUGCUCACGUGCUGCGGGCCCUGCAGCCCCGGCGCGCCAGGCCCCCCAAGAGGAGGCCCAACCACCGGAGGUUCCUGCACAACCAGGUCUGCAGGCAAUUCACCAAGAUCGAGGCGGCCACCCAGCGCCUGGCCCUGUCCAUCCUAUCCCAGGAGGCACCUGCCCGGAGACCGCUGCCCCGAAGGCGACCCCCGCCGCCCCUGUCCCCCUUCCUAGGGGUGGCCUGUGCCGUGGCCCCCAGGGAGAUGCCCCACACCGGCCGGGGCCUGAGCGUGGCUGCCCUGGACACCUCCCCGCUAGACCUGAUUGAUGACAUUGCGCUGCCCACAGAGCGUCCCCUGGCGCCCCCGGACGCCCUGACUGCGGAGGCCGCCCCGCUGGGCUUGGAUCUGGGCUCGGGGCGCCCGAAGCAGCCGGCACUGACGCAGGCUCCGCCUCGCUCCGGUGCUCUGGCCCCCGGCCCAGAGGCCCUGGGGGGAGGCGCCGAGCCCGGAGCCCUGCCCUGGGGCUGGGUGGGCGAGUGGGGUCCGGGAGGACUGGGGGCCCCGUGACGCCCAGCGCAAGCCAGGAAGCCCGGAUCGCCCGCUCGCGCCUGGGAAGUGACUCGCGCCCGCCUUCUGUCCUUCCUCCCGGAGGAAAUAAAAGCAGCGCCCAGCGAGGCCUUCG